AGAAGCAGCCGCAGCAGCAACAGCAGCAGCAGGGUCGUUGUCGUCGUCGACCACACACUGAAACGUUGAGAGACUAGGCACUCGGGACGCGUGUUUGAGAAGCUGAUUUCGAGUUUUUCUUGUUCGACCUCACUCAGAGCGGUCAAUCGAACAUCCUCGACUGCUGUUAUCUACGCUUUCUCGUUCCGUAGACAGAAAUCUUCCACCGAGUUCGCAUGUCGGGCAUCGAGAACCUCAAAUCAUUUGAUCCGUUUGCGGACGCCAUCCGAGGCGAUGAUAAGGGCGUGCAGGACGGCUUGAUUCACAUUCGUAUUCAGCAACGUAACGGUCGCAAGACCCUCACAACCGUGCAGGGAAUUUCGGAUGAUUUCGACAAGAAGAAGAUAGUCCGGGCAUGCAAGAAGGAUUUCGCCUGUAACGGCACCGUCGUCGAGCAUCCCGAGUACGGAGAGGUCAUCCAACUCCAGGGCGACCAGCGAAACAAUAUUUGUCAAUUUCUCACCAAGGUCAACAUCGCUAAGCCUGAACAGCUGAAAGUUCAUGGAUUCUAAAUCAGCGAUGAGAACGACGAGGGCGGCGAGCCGGCGUUGGGAGCCCUGCGGGCGAUGGGUUGUACAGCAGUUCGCACUCGUGACUUGUAACUUGAUUUUCCUCUAACGAAUUCGGCCAAACUCUAGUUUUGAUAAUAGAAUUUCUUAUGGCUAUCACACAUGCAUGUGGCUCGGUAUCAGAUGCGAGCGUUACACGACCGAAGAAAGAACACAGCAUGACGUAGCGGAAGAGCUCCGUACUCAAGGAUGGCAAUUGGAUGCUGUAGGAGAAAAUAGCUAGCCAAGCUCUAGCCGGUGAGCAUUGUUCAAUCGAUAUGAGCGGAGCUGUGUCUAAUAUCGGGCAAAUUGUCAUCCGGAAACAUCAAUAAAAAACUCUUGAUCCCUCCUUCGUCGCCGAGGUAGGGGAGACUGAUUUUUCUACUAACA